AGAAGAAAACUCCCGCCCCAUCCGCUCCACUUUUUAAACCAAGGCGGGACGCCUGUACCUGAGCUUAGGCUUCUUUAGAGCUUGAUUCACCUUUUCCUGGCCAAUAUGGUUCGAACAAAAGCUGACAGCGUUCCUGCAUCCUACAGAAAAGCGGUUGCAGCGUCUGCACCCCGAAAGUCUCUGGGCUCCAGCUCAGCCAACUCGCCUUCCUCCAGCAGUGGCUCCUCCACCCCCGCUAAGAGCAAAUAUGCUGGCGGGAACCCUGUGUGCCCUCGCCCUACCCCAACCUGGCAGAAGGGCAUCGGGGACUUCUUUGGGGGACCUCCCAGGAAGCCAGAGAAGGAAAACCAGAUACCUCAAGAGGUUGAGGAUGGUGAAGAGGCCGGGGGCAGUGGGAUGACGAAGGCCAGCAGGAAGUCCAGACCUCUGCCUCCUGAAGAUGAAGAGGAUGAUGACUGAUCCAUCUUUUGUUUCUGUUUUGGCCCUUUCAAUGUACAUCUGUAUAUAAUUUACACCGAAUUCAUUUGUAUAGUUAACCGUUUUUUUUGGACUGGUGUUUGAAUGAACUUUGUCAUCAGUUGGACCAUUUUCUAAUAAAAAAACUUUUAAACACGAAA